AUGCUGUUUUCACUAUUUCAAGAAAUUGGGUUCAAUGAGAAAGACACUGAAGCAUUAUUGGAUACCCAUGCUACUUUCAAGUUCAUGCCUAUUGAAUCCAUUCGUAAGAGAAUUCAUUCCUUACAAUCUGUUGGAGUCGGUGGUCUUUCUCGAUUGACUGUAAAGUGCCCUGAUGUAUUAACAUCUCAAGAAAUCAAGGCAUUGUUAUUUCUCGUAGGACUUCAGAGAAAAGUGAAGUUGCUAUUUCAAUACGGGAUUCCCCAAGAAAAGCUUGUUCAUGUCCUUAAAAUUGUUAAUUUGACUAAGGCCUUGUGCUUUGAGUCAUCUGAAGAAAUGGAAAGAAUGCUUCAUUUCUUGAACCGUUUUAGUGGUUGUGAGCAAGAAGAGCAAAUUGCAUCCCAGAAUCGAUUUUCUUAUGCAGUCUGGGUUGAAUUCGCAGGACGUAUUUACAUUCCUGAUCAAGGCACCCUUUAUCUUAGGACAAGGGAACUGGCUAUGGCAAUGGGAGUUGUUACUCGUACCAGCUGCAAAAACUUGCAUUGGAAUAUUGGGGUAUUCUUGAACUAUGGCUUGACUUGUGAGGAUAUCUUAGAGGUGAGCAAGAAGUACCCUCAAGUUCUACAGUACAACCAUGAUUCUUUGGAGGAAAAGAUGGAUUACUUGAUUGAGGAAAUGGGUGGUGAAGUCAGAAAGCUGUUGUCUUUUCCUGCAUUUCUUGGUAAACAUAGGCAGUGUUUACCAUCAGGCAGUGUUUACCAUACCAUCAGGCUGAUGGACAUAGGAAUGCCAUUGUGUGAACUUAAUAUACAAUUGAGGCUUGAGUGCACACUAGAUUCUUGGGCAACAUAG